AUGUUAAUAUACCCCAAGUACAUCCAGGCCAUAGUAGGCACCAACCAACUCCGCUACGGUGGCACCGCCUACCCCAUCCGCAAGAUAGUGCGGCAUGAAGAGUACGACGAUGACGUCAUCAAGAACGAUAUAGCCAUCCUCUUCACGCACAAGGAGAUCGAGUUUAGCAGUACAGUGGACGCGGUGGAGCUGAAUGACGAGCCAGUGGAGAAAGGGGAGGAUCUGGUGCUGACUGGAUGGGGAACCACUUCUUACCCAGGCCGUCUCCCCAACGACCUGAUGCAGCUGGAACUCAAGUCUAUCACGUACGAGGAGUGUAAAGAGGCGCAUAAGAACGUCAACGCGGUAUUUGAGACUCAGAUCUGUGCGCUGACGAAGGCUGGAGAGGGUGCUUGUCAUGUGAGUUAG